UGUGGUCGCCGCUCUCUUGUUGUUGCAUUUAAAGGGCGAAAAAAGGAAGGAAAACCACUGGCGCGGAAUAACAAUUAACAAAAUGAAAUAAUUGCAUUAUCGUCGCUGCGAAAAAAUAGUUAAAUGUGCCAGUAAUUGCCGCGGCAACAACAAAUACAUGCGCGGUUGGGCGAACGUAACUUGUGACGUCAUCGUUUCUGCUGGCCAGGGCAAGGCCACGCCUCCUGCCAUCGACCCGCCCACUGAGCACCAUGAACCAAUGCCGCCAAAUCAACCAAACAUCCAGCAACACCAUAAUAGCCACCAAAACAUUGAGCAAAAAGCAUUUGUUUUUGGAGCAAAGGAGCAUGUCGGGACGUUCUGGCGAGGAUUCCGGUGAUGUGGUGACCCCUGAGGAUGGCCCAAGCUAUCCGCCCAUCACCCCCCAGGAGCGACUGGCCAUCGAGGAGCGACAACGCCAGGCCUUCACCUUCUUCAGCCAAACCCUGCAAAUCUACGGCGUCGAGGAGCUAAUCUUCUGCUUCAACGGCGGCAAGGACUGCACCGUCCUGCUCGAUCUCCUCAUGCGUUUCCUCCGCCAGGAGAACAUCUCCAGCGGUGACAUUCCCAUGCUGUACAUCAAGUCCGGCGACUCGUUCACGGAAAUCGACGAUUUUGUCGAGCGCUGCGUACGCAACUAUCGCGUGGAGCUGGUGGAGUACGAGGGUUCGCUCAAGGAGGCCCUCACCCACAUGUCCGCGGACAUGCCGCGCAUCCGGGCCGUCUUCGUGGGCAGCCGGAACACGGAUCCCUACUGCCAGCACCUGGCGCCCAUGCAGCCCACGGACAACGACUGGCCGCCGAUGAUGCGUCUGAAUCCCCUGCUGGAGUGGAGCUACCACGACGUCUGGCACUACAUCCACCUGAACUCGGUGCCCUACUGCAGUCUGUACGACCGGGGCUACACCUCCAUCGGCAACCGUUCCAACACAAUUCCCAAUCCGCACCUCAGACGCCCCGAUUCCCAGUGCGACUGUGAUUGCAGCUCCGAUCCAGCCUGCUCCUGCGAUCCGGGUGGCUUCAGACCCGCCUGGGAGCUGGAGGAUCCCGCCCUGGAACGUGCUGGUCGCCUGCCCAGGAAGUAGGACAACUAGGACUCGGAAUCCCCAAGGAAAUCGCAGUGCCUGUCGCAUGGCUGUAGUGCAAUUUUAUAGCUUAAUCUCUAGUUAGUCACAAAUUGUAUAUAGAAGAUAUGUAUAUUCGCGUGUGAUUUGGUUAUCGGUAUACAAACUUAAUCUUAUAAUAUUUUUUACGACCUAAGCUAGGCUGCCGAAUAAACGUGGGCCCUGUCAUCGGACCACUUAAGCAGGGCUCACUGUGUUUUGAA